AUGGUAGUGGCAGCAUGUGUGAGGGUAGUGCCAGGCUGUGUGAUGGUAGUGCCAGUCUGUGUGAUGGUAGUGCCAGCCUGUGUGAGGGUAGUGGCAGCCUGUGUGAUGGUAGUGCCAGGCUGUGUGAUGGUUGUGCCAGGCUGUGUGAGGGUAGUGCCAGGCUGUGUGAUGGUUGUGCCAGGCUGUGUGAUGGUUGUGCCAGGCUGUGUGAUGGUUGUGCCAGGCUGUGUGAUGGUUGUGCCAGGCUAUAACGUGUCAACUCUGGCAACCUGGUCCGACGACCCCCUGGUAUCGCCCCUGUGGUCACGUGGACUCGACCUCGCUAUCGGAGUGUAUAUACAGGUUGCCAGUCAGUGUCUGGCUCUACUCGGUCAGCUAAGGUUUAUCAUGUUGCUGUUGGUCGUAGCUCUUAUCGUUCCUGCCCUGGGGGUCCGCCCAGGAUUCACAUCCACAGGCACACUAGAGUGGAGGGACUGUGGUGUGGGCGACCCCUGGGUUACCGUGAAGCAGUUCGACAUCAAGCCCAGCCCCAUUGUGAUUCCCGGAGAUAUGACCGUGUCCCUUGAUGGCACCAUCAUCCACAAACUCGCAGACCAGGUCACACUGGACGUUCUCUUUGAGAAGUCGCUGCUCGGACGUUUCACCAAAGUGCCCUGCAAGUCUGAUGUUGGCACGUGCCACUACACCGACCCCUGCCACUUCCUGAGCGCCUUCAAACAACAGGGCACCUGUCCUGCCCAGCUGACUGCCAACGGCCUCCCCUGCACCUGCCCCUUCAGCCCCGACAAGCUCCACAUGCCUGCUUCCAAGUUCACCGUCACCAACAUCAGUGAUGCCUGGAAAUUCUUGGCCGACGGCGAUUACCACAUAAAGAUCACCAUGAACGACAAGCACACUAGACAACUCCGUGCCUGUAUGGAGGCCUACCUGACGAUCGGCGUCAAGUAAAGUGAAACACAUGUACAGUGAAGAUAAUAAAUAACAACAUAUGGGUU